GCACAGCAGAAUCACACAAUACCAUGGCUUUCCUCUGGAUCCUCUCCUGCUUGGCCUUCGUUGGAGCCGCCUACGGUUGCGGUCGUCCAUCCAUCGUUCCUGUCAUUUCUGGUUAUGCUCGGAUUGUCAACGGUGAAGAGGCUGUGCCUGGCUCUUGGCCAUGGCAGGUUUCUCUGCAGGAUAGUACUGGAUUCCACUUCUGUGGUGGCUCUCUGAUUAAUGAGUACUGGGUGGUGACAGCAGCCCACUGCAGUGUCAGAACCAGCCAUCUUGUCAUUCUUGGGGAGCACGAUCGCAGCUCACCUGAAGAGAACAUUCAGACCAUGAGGAUUGCACAGGUCUUCAAGAACCCCAAGUACAAUCCCUUCACCAUUACAAAUGACAUCACUCUGUUGAAACUUGCCAGUCCUGCCGUUCUGGGCACACGAGUGUCCCCAGUGUGUCUUGCUGAUGUGACUGAUGUCUUUCCCGCUGGCAUGAAGUGUGUCACCACUGGAUGGGGCCUGACCAAGUACAAUGCACCUGACACCCCUGCCCUCCUGCAGCAAGUGGCCCUGCCUCUCCUGAGCAACACCGAAUGCCAGAAAUACUGGGGUAACAAAAUCAAGGAUGUCAUGGUUUGUGCUGGUGCUGAUGGAGCUUCCUCCUGCAUGGGUGACUCUGGUGGUCCUCUGGUGUGCCAGAAGAAUAAUGCUUGGACCCUUGUGGGUAUUGUGUCCUGGGGCAGUGGCACAUGCUCUCCAAAUACACCUGGAGUAUACGCCCGUGUGACUGAGCUCCGGUCCUGGGUUGACGAAACCAUUGCUGCCAACUAAACACCUGUCUGUACUUUAAAGGAGGAAAUACAAAUAAAUAACUGCUGAUGUGAA